AUGACCAUAGACUCCUGGCCCAAGUUUUCCUUUCAUACAACCGCUGAAGAGGUCGCAGACACGUUUGCAUCGAUUCUUCGUGGCAAAAACGUGUUCAUUACUGGGACAUCGCUCAAUGGAGUAGGAUAUGAAGCCGCGCGCGCCAUAGCAAAAUAUGCUGGCCUUGUAAUAAUCACCGGCUACAACGAGGAGAGAUUGAAGCGCUCCUUUGAUGAGAUCAAGAAAUCCGUUCCUACAGCCAACAUUCGCUGCCUUAUCCUCGAUCUAUUGUCACAGAACAGCGUUCGCAAGGCGGCAGCCCAAGUGAGUGCAGACUUGGACCACCUUCAUGUCCUUAUCCACAACGCUGCUACCACCAAUUUUGGCGCUCCAAGCAAAAUUCAUGGCUAUAGUUUGCAUCCUGGAGUCAUCUACACCAACGUUUUCAUGCGAAUGAAAGAGACCAACUCAUUUCCCCCGGAACUCAGCUCAAUUGGUUUGAUUAAAGGUGCUGCAACAACUGUCGUGGCGGCUUUUGAUCCUCGUCUGGACUCGACGCCUGGCGCAUACUUGGACGACUGCCAAGUUGCUAUGGAUGAAGUCGCUCCGCAUACUUCUGAUGCAGGGAAAGCAGCUCAAUUUCCGGGCCCUAAGCAUGCACCGCCACCUCCGGCCUUUACAAAACCGGACCAAUACUUGCUUGUGCUCUGCUUCUCGUACUACCGUCUUCUUUUAUUUACGAUGUCUACGUUAGCUACUUCUUCGUUGUUCAAUGUCCAAGGCAAAACCGUUCUGGUCACCGGUGGAGGGAGCGGAAUUGGAAAGAUGAUCGCUGCCGGGUUUGUCAAGAAUGGAGCAACGGUCUACAUCGCUGCACGCAAGGAGAAACAACUACAAGAGGCCGUGGCGGACCUCCAACAACUUGGCGGAGGGAAAGUCGACUACAUUGUCGCCAAUGUCGGGUCGAAAGCGGGAUGUGACGCCCUCAUUGCCGAAUUCAAAAGACGCGAAGCCAAGUUGCAUGUUCUUGUCAACAACUCGGGGAUCACUUGGGGCGCUCCAUUUAACGACUUCCCGGAAGAAAAGGGUUGGGACAACGUGUUUGCAGUCAACGUGAAGAGUAUAUUCUAUAUGACUGCUGGGUUGACUGACUAUUUGACGAAAGGCGCAACAGCCAACGAUCCUGGACGCGUUAUAAACAUAUCAUCCACAGACUCUGUCGUUCCUCAUAGCGAGAACUUGCUGAGCGAAAAUGGCAAUGGAACAUGGAGCUACCAACCCAGCAAAGCUGCCGUUAACCACCUCACAACACAACUGGCGGUAAAACUAGGCCCAAGCCAAGUUACUGUAAACGCCAUUCUGCCUGGAUACUUCCCAAGUAAAAUGACCGCCUAUGGCCUCAAAACUGCGGGCAAAGAGAUUCUCGCUACGGGCCAGCCCACCGGUCGUUUGGGACAAACGGAAGACAUGGCUGGCGUCGCACUCUUCCUCGCCUCCCCGGCAGCCGUACAUGUCACUGGCGCUCAAAUCAUUGUCGAUGGAGGCGGACGCUUUACUCGUCAAGACAUUGCUGCCCAAGUCAAGUUGUAG